AUACGUAAGAAUCAACGCAAUUUCUUGACUAUAACAUAACAAUACCAGUUACUAUGUCCUAACUUUCACAUCAUCGAAUAGUGUCAAAGCAAUCAGAGCAUAGACGAUGUACAAUUUCUGAAAACUUUGUCACCUCAGUUCGUAUUGAAACUUGAUCGGUGAUACUUUAUCUAUUGCGAUCAUUUACAAAAACUUUCAAUCAUUCCGCUAUGUUUAAAUUUAUUUAUUUAUAUUUUUUUAUAAUCCUUCCGGUUAUUAUAAGCGCUGCAAAAAAGGAACAUAAAGUUUUUUCAGAUAUAAUUGAAAGAUUAAGAAAAAAGUCAACUGAUGAAGAACACGGAGGAAUUAUUGCUAUGAAAAGACAACUGUUUCAAGAUAUUUUUACAGAACAUCAGAAAGAUAACAAAUUGCAAUUUGGCUAUGUUUGCGAAAACCCAGUUCAAUGGGAACAAAGAUUCGAAGAAAAAGAUCUUCCGAAUAAUCGACAUCGUGGAAAGGUCAAGUGGGCAAAUAUAGAUGGCAGCUAUGGUGAGCACUACUGGGACUUAAAUCAUAAGUAAUCUUUAUACAGAAAGUGACGAAACGUAUAAACUAAUCAUCGUUACAGAUCUGUAAAUCCAUUCUAUAAAUGUUAAUUGGGACAUAACUUAUGUAUAUUUACAAUCAUGUAUGUUACAAAAUAAGCAUCAUAAUUACUUCUCCAUAUGUGUCUGUUUAAUUAAAAUUUUAUACAAGUUAUUCCUCCUAUAUAAACAAAAUCAAAGUCGUUGAUUUAUGAUUAAUCAAACUUUAUUGAUUCUUUGAAAAUCUUAUAAAAUGACGAAAAAAUAUUAUAUACUUGCUAUUAUUUCUCUAAUUAUUGAAAAUGUGUAGAAGAUCGUAACUUCAUUGUAAUAUGGUGCGAUCAAAAAGACAACCUUAUUUCAAAGAAUCUUGUAAUAGGUAUCAGAAGCACUUUACUCUGGUAGAUAACGAAGCACUCUGGUUUGAAACAUAUUUUAUUAAACCUUUAACUUUAACACCUUUAAACUUAAAUACGUAGGGUUUUAUAUAUGUUAGUGUUCAACCAAACAGGGCAGAUCCUUCAUUUUAUAGGUUCUUGUAUAUGCUGGCGUGAAUCAUCUUUCCUGCAUAGCGCAGCACUAGUCCAGAAAAAACUAUAAGCAUAAACACUCUCAUUUCCUCUCUGGCUGAAUUAAUUCUACACGAAUAACAUUUUUUGUACGAGAUUAUCCAAAACUGAAUUACGCUGAUCUAGUUGAGCAUUUAUAGCUUUUGAUUAAAAAAUUAGAAAACAUACAUUUAAAUUAACAAAGCUAUGCAUUCUGUAUAUAGCAAUAUAUGUAAAAAGAAAUUAUGUAUAUAAAAUACUUGAUAAACUAAACUUUUUUAUCAUA